AUGCCUUCGCGCAAGACUUCUAUUGCUGUAGCUGCGGGUGCUUCUAUCAUCGCAGGAGCCGUGACUUACUACGUGGUGAAGCGGAAUAGCGUGAAGAACGCUGAGGAUGACGACGUGUUUGCCGCGCCUGUGCAAGUUAGUGGAACAGCCGACGCCGCUUCAAAGGAAGGAGGUGUGUUGCUCACAGCGGAUACCACUACACAAGGGGAAAAGAAGGUGUUUGAGGCGGUGGCCAAGAAGGGGUCAGGAUUGACAUCCGUGGAAAACAAGCUGAUCAGCGAGGCGCUGAAUGAACUUGGAAUGGAGCAACCGUCCAAGGGCCCGGCGAAGCCUCUGGCUACUAAAGCGGGGGCUGCCAACAACCAAAGCGAUAAAAACCGCAAGGAGUUUCCGCUACUUGGCUUAUCGUUGGAGGUGCCACCAGGGUGGGAUGUGCGGGAGGACCUUUCCCCGUUCCCAAAUGUGGCCAUGAUUACGGUGUGGAACCAGGAUUUAGUAGCGGAGGACUCACAGCAAAUGCCUGGUAUGGUGCCAAUGGUCAUUCUAUCUGUAGAGGACGUCCGUGGGGACAGCGUGGAUCUCCUGGAGUUCAAGGACCGCUGCAAGGAGCUCGCAGUGAAUCAGAUGCUCAUGAUGACCGGGGGUGCCAUUCAUCCCCAGGUGACGGUGGACAGUGCGGUGCAGACGGGUCCGUUCCAUCAUGUGCUUGAGUACUCUCAGAGCAUCCCGCCCUUCUACGAUAUUGCGGUGCUGAAUCUUCUUGAGGUGCGCCACAGCAUUGCGUACACGUUCCAGAUCAUGUGCGCACCAUCGGUGAUGUCAAAGUACAGGUCCACAUUCAUGGACAUGGCCCGCAACAUGCGUCUGGCGGAGAAGAUAUCCACUAAGCUUGGUCAUGUGGAGCUGCACACGGGUGCGGUGAAGGUGGACAUUGACUCAACCUGGUCGUGGACUUAUCCGGGUAAGGGGGGAGCCCUUGCCGUGUUUACCACGUCUUCGCCGAUCAAGAAGGAGGAGAUCAGCCUCUACACGGAGGAAACCAUUCCCACUACACCCCACAAGCCACGUGAAGAGAAGACCAUGGAUGGUGUCGUGAUCGUGACCGCGUAUGACGGUAAGCAGCAGCAGAAAACUUUCACCUAUAAUGGCUACGCCUUGGUCGUGAAGCCAUUGCAGAAACCCACCUCUCAUCUGCUGGACGAGGAUCUUGUGGCUGUCGUGAAGUCGGCUGCAGCUUCUACAGCACGCCCAAAGCCGAGGAAUGGCGGCACUUUUGUGAACAAAGAACACGGUUACAGAGUGGAUAUUGUGGGUGGCGGGCGUCUUGUGGCAAGCCUCGUUGGCGGCGGCUCUGCUGCGUAUGCGCCACGUGGUGUGGGUGAUGGAACGAACAGUGAGGAGCAGCCGCCUUCCGUCACUAUCCGCGUUGGUUCACCAGAGAACGACCCAGAAUGCAUGGGGUCCAUCGAAGAGUGGGAGGCACGGAUGCAGCAAGAGUCGGUGGAGAAUGACAUUAAGGAGAUUACGCGAACCACCAUUAAUGGUGAGCCGUGUCUAACGUUUUUGUCACAAAGCAUGGAAGAGAUUGAGCCAGGAAAGCGUGUGGAGGUGCGUGGAAAGGUAUUUAUCUUUGUUCGCAACGGCAAGACAACUUUGAUACGCUGGGAGAUGGCGUCGGGUCUCUGGCGGAAGUUUGAGCGCGAGAUGAACACCUUUGUGGAAUCCCUGGAGUUCAUUUGA